CUUCAAAUCAAUCCACACGAACCUGAUUGGACUACUCAUCCAGAGAAAGCAGGAAAACUUUUGUGUUAUGUUCCACCUAAAACUCUGGUUGAAGUUAAAGAUAAAGAUUAUUUUAUUAAGUCAAGCUUUACUAGACAAGAUAUAUCUUUUAAACUUGCACCGCAACCAUUCUCCGCCGGUGCUGAACGAUAUGCUUAUUUCGCACUUGAUACAAGUCUUGAACGAGCUAAUAAAUUAGUGGUAAAAAAGUACCACGAUAUUAAAAUAGGCACAAUAGAAAUGUAUUUAGAAUCAGUGGAAAUCUCUAAUGUUGCUGAUUUUUUAUCAACAAAAUUCAAUAUAGCAGCGGAACGGGUUGGUGUUAAUAAAAAAGUUACAUUUAUUGAUGUAAAAGUCUUAUAUGAUGAGACAGAUAAUACUUAUUACUCUGUAGAAAAAUAUAUUGAUAAUGCAGAAUUUAAAAAAUUUAAUGUGAAUAGUGGUCUGAUUACAGAAUUUCAUUCAAUUCUCGAGGCAUUUGCUCAUUUCACAUAUCAAUACACUGAAGGAUAUUUGGUAGUUUAUGACUUACAAGGUGCCGAUUUCCACAAUGAGUUCUUGUUAACAGAUCCAGCCAUACAUU